AUGGAGUCUCUGCAGAACAGCGCGGACCAUCACACGUCUAUCCCUAUACCCAACUCACCGCCGACCCACCAAAACCCAACCAACCACCCGGCACCACCGCCCACAACCACAAUCCUCCGAACCCUGAAGAACAAUUUGGCAAUCCGCUCCAAAUGGGCCGAGCUCAACGGCGCCAUGGGCGACCUCGGCACCUACAUCCCGAUCGUCCUCGCCUUAACCCUCUCCCAGGACCUCAACCUCGGCACGACCCUAAUCUUCACCGGAAUCUACAACAUCAUCACCGGCGCCAUCUACGGCGUCCCCAUGCCCGUCCAGCCCAUGAAAUCCAUCGCCGCGGUCGCAAUCUCGUCCCCCGAUUUCGGCGUCCCGGAGAUCAUGGCCGCCGGGAUCUGCACCGGAGGCGCCCUGAUGGUCCUGGGAGUCACGGGACUGAUGCAAUUGAUCUACAAACUAAUCCCUCUCUCCGUCGUCAGAGGCAUCCAGCUCUCCCAGGGCCUCGCCUUCGCGCUCACCGCCGUCAAGUACGUCCGCAAGGCCCAAAACUUCUCCAAGCCCAAAUCUGAUCUCGGAGGAAGGGAAUGGGCCGGGCUCGACGGCCUGAUUCUCGCAAUCUCCUGCGCCUGCUUCAUCGUGAUCGUCAAUGGCGCCGGGGAAACAGAGGAGGAGAGCGCGGAAGAACAGGGGAAUUGUGAAUCUGGAGAAAACAGAUUUCUGAAAAGGGUUAGAAAAGUCAUUUCUUCGUUACCUUCUGCGUUUCUGGUGUUUACGUUGGGACUGGUACUGGGCUUCAUCAGAAAGCCCAAGAUGGUCCACGAGAUCAAGUUCGGCCCAUCCCCGAUCGAAAUAGUCAAGAUCUCGAGACGGGCCUGGAAAACAGGGUUUCUAAAGGGGACGAUCCCGCAGCUGCCGUUAUCGUUGCUGAACUCCGUGAUCGCCGUCUGCAAGCUGUCCUCCGAUCUCUUCCCGGGGAGGAAGGAGUUCACGGCGGGUUCUGUUUCCGUGACGGUCGGGGCGAUGAACCUGGUUGGUUGCUGGUUCGGAGCGAUGCCGUGCUGCCACGGAGCGGGAGGCCUGGCCGGGCAGUACAGGUUCGGAGGGCGGUCCGGUUCUUGCGUGGCGAUUUUAGGGUUGGUUAAGUUGGGGUUGGGGUUGGUUUUGGGCGGUUCGCUCGUGGUUAUACUGCGGGAGUUUCCGGUUGGGGUUUUGGGGGUUUUGUUGCUGUUUGCUGGGAUUGAGCUGGCGAUUGCUGCCAGAGAUAUGAGGUCGAAGGAGGAUGCGUUUGUGAUGCUGGUUGUUUGUUCGGUUUCGCUCGUCGGGUCGGGUGCGGCGGUUGGGUUCUUGUGUGGGGUUGUGGUUCAUUUGCUGCUCAAGCUUAGGAAAUUGGCGGCCUAG